GAAAAUAUCAAUUUACUUCCUUGUUGGUUUUAAAGAUCAACUAAGUCAUCAGUCAAGAUGGAGGUACCCGGAAGGAAGCGUGACCCUGACCUUGACAAGGGUUCCACUGACGCCACUGUCUACUGCCAGCCGUGUGGAGAGGGUGGUAAACGCGCUGUGGCCCAGGGCUUCUGUCAGACCUGCGAGGAGUACAUGUGCGCUCCCUGUGUCGAAUACCAUAAGAGAUUGAAGGUGACCAGGAACCACGUUCUGCUGUCCAAAGACAAGAUGCCCUCUUACUACCCGUCCACCAAGCAGUCAGCUAUCGCCGACACGGAGUAUUGUAAAAAACAUCCGAAAGAGAUGAUCAAGUUUUACUGCCCGACCCACGGAGACCUUGGCUGUGGUGACUGUGUCGUACUCGAUCACCGCAACUGUAAAGUUGAUUACAUCGCUGAUGUGGCUAAAGAAUUUGUCAUUGGAAAUCAAUUCAAAGAGCUGGAACCAUCAAUUAAACAAACUGAAGAUAUUUUCUCUGGGUACAUAAGUAAUGUCAAGGAACUUUUUGGCGAGAUCGAAAAUCAGACUAAGGAUGAGAUGGACAGACUGAAGAAGUUCCGAGCAGAAAUCAACACCUACCUGGACCGCCGCGAGAAGGAGUUGCUCGACAACCUCCAUCAUGUGAAGAACGAGGAUGAAAACUUGCUGAAAACCCUAAAAAAUGAUUGUGAGUUGACGAAAGCCGGACUUGAAGCCAUGAGGAUGGAACUAACUUCCGGUGAAGUCUCGGUGAAUCAGAGGUACGUGACGGCAAGACGAGCCCAGAAGGAGCUACGAGUGAUUCGUGACGAGUUGUGGAAGACGGCUGGUAGGAUGAAGGCCCGGAAGUUCCGGUUUACUAAGGACGCGGACUCGGAGCGGCUGCUGGGAUCGAAAACAGGCCUUGGAACGCUGGACGUGGUCGAAAAUUUGAAUAUUCCAGUUCCUGACCUCUCUACUGUGACAUGGAAGAAGGAGGUAGACAUUUACGUCGGAACGCCACAGGACCAGAAUAUCUGCGGUAUUAACGGCCUCGCCCUGCUGUCUCCCGGUAUAUUCCUUCUGACCUAUUGGGAAAACCACACUGUCAAGUUGAUGAACGUCACAACCCGCACCGUCAUGUCCCGCCUCGAACUGCCAGGGGAGCCCUGGGACGUCUGUGUGCUCCCUGAUGAUCAGGCCGCCGUCACUCUCUCGGAUAACUCAAUUAUACAGCUGCUGUCUACAAAAGGAGGACAGUUAUCAUGUGGCAAGAAAAUUAAAGUAUCAUCUGGGUGUCGUGGUAUUGGGUAUUACAACAAUAGAUUAUACGUUUCUUACACAUCUAACCCGCGUAUUGAAGUGAUGACAAUAGAUGGUCAUAUUAUAAGUACAUUCCAAAAAGAUGACGGAAGACAGCUUUUCCAACGCCCAUUAUACCUGACAGUAUCAGCUUCCACACCACCGACCCUGUACGUGUCUGACAGUAUUGCACACACCGUCCACCAGCUGUCAUUAGACGGGAAGGUCCUAGGAGAAUACAGUAACGAGACGCUCAAACAUCCCAUGUCCGUAGUACAGGUAGGUCCGGGUCAACUGCUCGUGUGUGGGAGUACCAGCCACAACGUGAUGCUGCUGACAGAGAGGGAUGGCAAGAUGGCGGAAAUACUUGGACGGAAUGACAAAGCGACAUGUCCCUACUCGGUAGCAUUCUGUCCUUACACACGUACCAUAGUUGUCGGGACGCCCUAUAAUGAAUCACUUAAGGUAUAUAAUGCAAACUGACAGAGUUUCUACAUCAUUCCUGAUUUUUCUGUCAUUGGUAGAAACAACCUUGUAUUAAAUCAUGUUUGAGCAAUUAAAUGAUAAAUACAAUAGUAUUUCUUUACAACGGAAGGUUAUUGUAUUGAUUCAAAUUGAAAAGACAUUGUUGUUUUAUGACAUGUACAUAUAUUUGAUAAAUAUCAAGCGUAUUUUGCAGUUAUGUUUAGCAAAAUGUAGGAUAAAGAAUUAGCGUUAAUAAAAUAAUUCUAUUAUACAACGUUCCCUUAAGAAUUUUAGGUAUUACGUAUUUUUGUUUUACAUUGAAAUAAAAUCAUAUACAAGUAUUUAAAUAGACGUAAGUGUGUUAAAUCUGACAUCGUUAAAAUAUGACUACAUUUUGGUCCAAUUGCUUAGAACUUUGCUAAAGUUUACAACGUUAUUAACGACAUCGUUGUUAACGUUCAAAUUGUUACUGCUCUGGAAGUUUAAUGGAUAAAUUUGUGAUUUGCGGUGUUCUUAACUAUAUUUGAAAUCACUGUUCCAUCUGCACCUGUUUUUUUUAAUAUGGUAUAACAUCACCAAAAAUUACGCUUAAAAUUUACAACGAUAUCGUUAUUCACGUUGUUAACUGAAAAAAAGAGUUCAGAACAAUCGGCCCUUAAAGUUAAUGAAAAAAAUAUACGAUGAAACAAGCUUUAAACGGAAAUUUGCAAGAGUAACUCGAGCCUCCUGUCAGAGUAUUUUUAUUGGAAGUUUGACGAAAUGUUAACUUGUUUUAGAAAAUGUAUGUAACUUUUUUUCUUAAUUUAGACAUGACAUGAACAUAACCAAAUAUUUCCCUUAAACAAGUUUAAUUUAAACUGUUAUGCACACUUCUCGAAGAGUCGGUUGAAAUAUCCUCUAUGGUCUCUGUUAUUAUGUUAAAGAAUCACUGUGUAACUGUACCAGAUGUUAUUCUUAAUAAUUCAUCUUAAUAAUGUUUAUCCUGCCAUCAAUACUGUUUCCCAAACUGCAACAUUAUUGCACUAUAAACAUGCAUAUAUUCAUAUCUCAUACAAGAAUACUACAGUUUAUGCUUUAUUGAUGUAAUACAAAAUGUAUGCUUUUCCGCACUAACAAUGUACAUACAUUUGACAUAUAUAACAUAAGUAUAUAUGUUUAGACUAUGAACUUGUAUAAGUCUUCAUAAACGGCUAUUCCGUUCUAUAACUGUAGACAUAUUUUCUCAAAAUUUCAUUUAUAAUUAAGAAGAAAAUUGUAAAUAGCUUGCGAACAGAAAAUACAUUCAAUGUUGCACCCACAGUUAAUCAUUGCAAUUAAUAUUCAGAAUUUGAUGUGAGGUGUUUUUCGUAUUAUGUAUGUUUCAUAAGAUAAGACUUUAAAACUAUGCUGUAUGCUUGUAAAUUGAAUACUUAUACUUAUUAAAACAAGUAUAAUAUGUUCAUAAAUAAUGUGUUUUGAUGCAUGUUCUCCUUAGUAAUAUUAUAUAUUUGACAUGUUUGUAAUGCAUUCAAGUGGAAUACACUAAACGUUAUAUUGACUAUUGUUUAUAUGUAUAACCAAGUUGAUGGAUGAUGAACUGUAUGUUUAAAUAUCCGAAUAAACUAUUUU